AUGGCAAUGAUCAUACCGAAAGUCGGCUUGUCACGAUUUAUGAAAGAAGGAACACAGUAUUUCAAAGGUGUUGAUGAAGCUGUUCUGCGCAAUAUUGAUGCAUGUGUUCAACUUUCUUCUCAAAUUAGAUCGGCUUAUGGUCCAAAUGGUAUGAAUAAGAUGGUAAUUAAUCAUAUAGAAAAAGUUUUUGUUACAAAUGAUGCAGCAACGAUUCUUAAAGAGUUAGAAGUGCAACAUCCAGCCGCACGUAUGAUUAUCAUGGCUAGUGAAAUGCAAGAGAAACAGAUCGGUGAUGGUACAAAUACCGUUAUUAUUUUUGCUGCAACAUUGCUUGAACAUGCUUCCGAUUUACUUGCCAUGGGCUUGAAACCAACAGAAAUAACGCACGGAUUCGAAAUGGCACUUGAUAAGGCUUUGGAAAUAUUGCCAAACUUAGUUGCCAAAAAAGCUGAUAACCUUCAUGAUGUUAAAGCUGUCGAAAGCUAUUUGAAAUCUUCUGUUAUGUCGAAACAAUUCGAUAAUGUCGAAACUAUAACAGAACUUGUUGCUAAAGCAUGUGUUCAGACAGUUCCGAAAAAUAUUACCAACUUUAAUGUUGACAAUAUUCGUGUUUCGAAAAUUCUUGGAUCAGGUGUACACUCAUCACGUGUUAUGAAUGGGAUGGUGUUUCAGCGAGGUGUUGAAGGAGAAAUUAAAGAAGUGAAAAAUGCACGCAUUGCGGUUUUUGCAUGUCCUUUUGAUAUAACUCAGACUGAAACUAAAGGUACCGUAAAAAUGGAAACGGCGGAUGAAUUAAUGAGUUUUAGCACAGGUGAAGAAGCAGAAAUUGAAGCCAUAGUAAGUGCUCUUGCAAAGAAUGGUGUAACUGUGGUUGUGGCUGCUGGAAAAUUCGGUGAUUUAUAUCUGCAUUUCUUGAAUAAAUAUAAAAUUAUGGCUGUUCGAUUAACAUCCAAAUUUGAUUUGAGGCGUUUGUGUCGAACUACUGGUGCUCAAGCUCAAGCUAGAGUUUGCGCUCCAACUGUAAAAUUCCUGGGCGAUUGUGACAGAGUAUUUCUUGAGGAAAUUGGUGAUACGCAAGUUGUUGUUUUUGAUAAAUAUAGCGAGAGAGGAUAUGUUGCAACUAUUAUUGUUCGUGGAUCUAGUCAUUCACGCAUGGAUGAUGUAGAAAGAGCCAUCGAUGAUGCGGUCAACACAUAUAAAGCUCUUACGAGGGAUCCGCGGCUUUUGGCUGGUGCUGGUGCAGUUGAAAUAGAAUUAGCGAGGCAAGUUGAAUCUUAUGGAGAAAAAUGUGCCGGGCUUGAGCAAUAUUCUAUCAAAAAAUUUGCUCAAGCUCUUGAGGUGUUUCCGAAACAAAUCGCUAAUAAUGCUGGUUUAAAAGCUUCUGAAAUGCUAUCAAAACUUUAUGCUGAACAUGAAGAAGGGGCGAAAAAUGCUGGAAUCAAUAUUCUUACUGGAGAAGUUACAGAUGCAAUUGAAGCUGGUAUCUACGACUUAUAUAGUAGUAAAUUAUUGGCAUUAAAAUUGGCCACAAAUGCAGCGGUUACAGUGCUUAAUGUAGAUCAGAUUAUAAUGUCGAAACAAGUUAGUGGUGGACCAAAUCCUCGUGGUCCUAAGGCACAAGAUGAUGACGACAAUCAGAUGGUUUAA